AUGUCCUCUCCUGCCACCUCGACACGCUCCAUUCCGAUUCGUUUGGGCCACAGUGCUCUCUUUCACGAUCAUUACAUUUACUUUUUCGGAGGUCUUCAAAAAUCCUCCACAAAUUCACAACGUCCUCUCGAAUUUGUCAAUGAUUUCAUCCAACUCGACACUCGUUCUCAUCAAUUCACUAAUUUGACACCCACCCUCACCACUCCAUCACCUUGUGCUCGAAAUUUUCACACGACCGUUUUAAACGCUUCCACCAAUGAAAUGAUUCUUUUCGGAGGAAAGUCGAAUGGUUUUCAUAAUGAUGUUUGGAGUUUUAAUUUCUCAAAUCAGAGUUGGAAAAAGUUGGAUUGUAAAGAUUCGCAAUUGAUCACUCCAAGAUAUGGACAUGCGAGUGUGAUUUAUGGAGAUUCCAUGUUUGUGUUUGGUGGUUAUGAUAACAAUGCUUUCACGAGUAGGGAAUUGUUUGAGUUGAAUUUGAAAACUUUGGAAUGGAAAAGUGUGGCGCUGAAACUGUCAAAUGCCAACGAUCAUGAUCAAAAUGAAACAGUGAGUGGUAGAUUCUAUCAUGCGACUGUUCUCGAUGAAGAGAAUGGAGAUUGGUAUUUGAUUGGUGGAAAAUCUUCUAAUGGACUCACCAAAGACUUUAUCAAGAUCAAGUUAUCGACCUUGAUCACAUUAUCUGAUAAUUCCCAAAAUGAUCACAAGGAAGAAUUCUCCAAAGCUGUAGAAUUUGAAUUUAUUGAAAGUGGUGACGAACAUGUUUGGAGAUAUGGUCACUCAUGUAUUCUCGAAAAGAUUGAAAAUCAGAAAAAGAUUUACAUGAUGGGUGGUUGCAAUCAGAGUGUUGACUUUUUCGAUUGUUAUUGUUUGGGGUUGACCGGUCAGGGUGUCACUUCAAAAUGGAAAAAAGUGAAUCGUAACGAAAAUGUUCUUGCUCAACUCUUUCAAACAGAACCAUACAACAAGCCCAAUGAAACAACUCCAUUUGAGGCAUUUCCUGUUUUUCACACCAUCACUCGUUAUGUGAAUCAAGAUCCACAAACAGUUUCCUAUUUUGUGUUUGGAGGAAGUUUGCAAAAAACUGAAAUUGAGACUUGUGUUCCUUCAAAACAAAAGACUGGACAAAAUGUGAAAUUGAAAAAUCAGCAGGAAGAUGAAUUCAAUUACAAGGAAUUUGAUUCCAUGCUCAAUGAUGACAUUUACAGAAAUAUUCUCUCUUUUUUAGAAUGUGUCGAUUUGAUGAGAUUGCAGCUUGUCAGCAAAAGUUUGAGAAUUUGUCAACUCACUGAGGAAGAUCAAUUUUGGAAAAAUUAUUACAUGCAAAAAAUUGAUGAAUUGAUACAAGCGACAGCCGAUUAUUACUAUGACUCGAGUGUCAGACAAACCUGUUGGAGAUAUGAUUCCAAAUAUGAUCAUUUGCCACAACGUAAAGAAAACUUUAAACAAGGUCUGAUUGAAAUCUUUAAAACCUUUUUAACCAACGCAGAAAAGAAUUCCAAACUAUUGACAGCUGAAAUUGAAAGACAAAGUUGCCCACAACAACCCAAGAGAAAGUUUUUCACACGAGACGAUAUUUUAGCAUAUCCAAAACAAGCAAUGAAUUUAGAUGCAAAAGAAGGAUUCAAAAUGGUCACUAUUGGAGAUGGAGCAACAGGAAAGACGAGUCUUUUAAUUACUUACACCACAAAUGCUUUUCCUUUUGAGUAUGUUCCGACGGUUUUUGAUAAUUAUAAUUAUGUCAGCAGGUAUAUGCCCAAUUACACGAUUUGGUUGUGGGAUACUGCUGGACCAGAGGAUUAUGAUCGAUUGAGACCCUUAAGUUAUCCACAAACGGAUCUCUUUCUUCUCUGCUUUAGUGUUAUCAGUAAGGCCUCUCUUCUCAAUGUUGCCACAAAAUGGGUUCCAGAAGUCCGUCACCACUGUCCUGAUUGUCCUAUUUUACUAAUUGCCACCAAAACAGAUUUGAGAAAAGAUCCUGUUCACACAAAAUCCAUGUUGAUGAAACAUAAUGAAAAACCAAUUACGAAAGAACAAGGAGAAUUGAUGGCUCGUAAAAUGGGUUGUGUUUCAUAUAUUGAAACCAGUGCUAUAAAAGGAGAAGGUUUUGAUCGAUUCGAUGAGUUGGUGUUGAAGGCCAUAUGUGUGGAUAAGGAUGAUCAUUAUAAAGUAUCAUCAGACUCAAAAAAGAAGUGUUUGAUGCAGUAA